AUGAGCCAAGCGCCUGUCGCUGGGCCUCAGAGCAAUGUCUCCUCGCCGGCUCAGCUCUGCGAAAAGUAUGACAAGGGGGGUGGUACAGGUAUACAGGGUACAUUCGCAAUAUACUCGAUAAGACCUCUACCUCAACCUUGGGAAACUGUCGCAUCUCCUAAACUCGCCGCCCAGCUAAUUCAAGCUGCAGCCGCAGUUGCACAAACAAUCUCAAUAUAUUUCCAACUUUCGGAUAUCGAUGAAGAAGAUCUUCACUCGUUCUCAACUUCUUCACCAGCUCCACAUGCGGCACAGAGCCAAACACCUCGUCUACCAUGGUUCUUAGUAAAUGCUGCAAUUUCAGAAGAGCACUACAUCGUAGGACGCGGAAGCGCUGUGGAAACACUGCUCAUUAUUCUAAGACGGCCGUGGUGCAUUCUCGAGGUUUGCUGUUGCGAAUACGAAACAGUUUGCACAAUGUUGGAAUUCGCGAUUCUCGCGCGGGAGUUUGAACCGAAAGCAUAUGCUGCCUCAGUAUAUUUGCUUUCGCACGAAGUAGCAAAACGUCAGCUAAACCCCAAUGAACACGUUCCCGUGCUGCCUCUCGCGCCCGGCAGACCGUCGCAGCCCGAAGUAAACGCUCUACAGGGUAUCUACACAGUGCUCUCACCUGAUGGAAUCCAAUCACAUAAUCCUUUCUGGCUACGAGUUAUCUGUGUUUGUGGAGUCCAGCUUGGUAUCGCAUUUUCUGAUUUCCUACGGGGAAUGUGCGGAACAAAAGUUGUUUUGAUACCUGAGAGAAUAGGAAGCCCAGUACGGUACCCUGGGAUGAUUCGCAGAGCAUUUACCGAAAACCCCUCUGUCAAAAACCGAGGAUCUGAUCACGAACAACGAGGAGGAUUCCAGGUCCACAGCAUACGUUUAGUUUCGCUCUAUAAACAAAUUGUACAAGAAUUGACGGAAGAAGUCUCAUAA